UUUUGAUUAACCAUUGUGCGGCAUAUUUUGUGCCAUUGUAUCGUUGGGUUUUGGUUUUUUUACAUUUCAAAUUAAAUAACAUUAAGUUCAGUAAUGACGUUGCAAUGUUCCUGUUCUGUGGAAUGGUCAAACGCUCAAGGCGUUGUAUUGAGACGUUUCAAGUCAUUGACGACCAAACUGGUAUUGACUCGCAACGAUUUUCGAGACAUUUUCAUUGAUGUAUCAGCCGACAAAGGUGUAGUUCACCGUUUAGCAUUGAAAGAUAUAGCAGUACACAAACGUUUUGCCAUUGACGGCAAAGCAACAAUCCAUUUUAAAACUGAUAAGGUCAUGAUGAUGAUUUCAAAUGCUCCUGUCGCACAAUUGGGGGAAUUUCUAAAGACCCUUUUUGUCAAGGUGACAGGACGUAAGGAAUCGCCUCAGGUUAAAAUCAGGGAUCGACUUUUAGCUGUUAAAAGUAGUUCUACUGAAGAAAUCAGCCCCAUAAAUGUUAAGGAUAUUGGACGUGUUGAUCUCAAAUUAGAAGGUCCAAAUAUGAAAAAAAAAAAAUUGAAUGAUGAAUUGAUGAACCAAAGUGUCAAAAAAAGUUAUUUAGUUAAUUUAAAAGAUAAACUAACUGAUGAACAACGAGAGGUAGUUGACGCUGUUAAUACCAAUAAUAACAUAUUUUUUACUGGUAGUGCAGGAACAGGUAAAUCUUUUUUAUUACGUUACAUUGUGAACACCUUACCACCUGAUGUAACCAUGGUGACUGCUAGUACUGGUGCAUCGGCUUGUCUUAUUGGAGGAGUUACGUUACACUCCUUUGCUGGUAUCGGUAUUGGUGAAUGUACUAUUGAACGAGGUAUUGAAAUGGCCUCUAAAUCAUCAGCUGCACAAGUUUGGCGUAAAUGUAAAAUACUUAUUAUUGAUGAAAUAUCAAUGGUAGAUGGCGAAUACUUUGAAAAACUUGACAAAAUAGCAAAAGCUGUACGCAAACGAGAUGAACCAUUUGGUGGUAUAAAAUUAGUAUUGUGUGGUGAUUUUUUGCAAUUACCUCCCGUAAAACAAGGAAAAUCUAGAUUCUGUUUCCAAACUAAAACUUGGGCAGAGUGUCGUUUUCGUUGUUUCAAUUUGAAGUUUGUUCAUAGACAGUCAGAUAAUGAGUUUGUAAAAAUGUUAAAUAAACUACGCCUAGGAAACAUAGAUCCAGAUACAGCAAUAAAAUUGAAAGCCACAUCAUCAAAUUUAUUAGAACAAAAUGGAAUUGUACCUACACGUCUUUGUUGUCGAACAGCUGAUGCUCAAAUGAUAAAUCAAAAAAAAAUAUUUGAUUUACCUGGCAAAGUAUAUAAAUUUGAAGCUUUUGAUAGUGGUCCAACAAAAGCGUUAGAUGAUCAUACUCCUGUUGCAAAAUCAUUUGUUCUUAAGUCUGGUGCUCAAGUAAUGUUAUUAAAAAACAUAAGUAUAUCAUCAGGGCUAGUAAAUGGUGCUAGAGGAGUGGUCAAAGAUUUUGAUAAAAAUGGUUCUCCUUGUGUCCAAUUUAAAUGUGGUAAUACAGUUACUAUUAAACCUGAAAAGUGGAUAGUCAAAACGCCUACUGGACAAUUUAUUUCAAGGCAACAAGUACCUUUGAAAUUAGCUUGGGCAUUUUCUAUUCAUAAAUCACAGGGUUUAACAUUGGAUUGUGUUGAAAUAUCUUUAGGGAGAGUGUUUGAAGCAGGACAAGCUUAUGUUGCUUUGUCUAGAGCUAAAAGCUUAUCAUCUUUAAGAAUUUUAGAUUUUGACAAGAAACACGUUUGGGCAAAUCCUGAUGUGAUAGCAUUUUAUAAUAAAUUAGAUAGAAUUGUUGAAUCUGAUAAAAUGUAUAUUUUAGGUAAAAAAAAUAUAUAAAAA